UGCUCUGAUUGUGCGGCUGCCGUUGUGACGGUCGCCACUGCCACUUCCUCAUCUCUGAAUAAAAGACUUACUUCACUGGAAGCAGAAGUGGCCUUGGUUGGAGUAGAUUGCUCAAAUCUGUAAGAAGUUGGUUGUUUCUGAGCUCUGCACUAUUGUGAGGAAUUUUAUGUGUGUAUAUAUAUAUAUAUUUUUUUUCCUUUUUCAAAUCAGUAAAUCACAACCCAUGCAAAUGUGUUGUGGACUUACAGUCUUAAGGAAUAAGAUGGUUUUACUGCUGUUAAUUAUGAUUCUCUGAAGAUGUAAAAUCCUCUGCAUUUAUUAUUACUGGGCAGUUUUCUAGAUUAUUUCUGGCACUUAUUAAUAGUUCUGUGUAGAACUCCAUCUUGUGAAUCUGUUAUAUGUACUUUGUGAUCAGUUCUCUACUGUAGAUAAUUAAUAAAAUAAGGUAAUGGUGCUUGCCGUUCUUUGGGCUGGCAGGAUCCACUACCUGCUUGUUAAUUUUAAACAAGGCUGAUAAAUGAGCUGACUCUUUUACUGUCUACAUUAAAAUAACUAGGCAUGUAUGAAACUUACAGAUUCCAAAUAAAAUAAAAGUUUGUUUAAGGGAAUGUUUCUGGUUCAGAAUAGCUGUAGGAUUGGUGUGUGUUUUUCUUAAUAAACAAACAGAAAAAAAAAAUUCAAGCUUUUUUGGGAAAUCACACUGCAUGUUAAAGGAUAGAUUAGUGCUUGUAUUUAGACCAGGUGCUGAGAAAGCACACUUCAUCGUGUUUCAAUCACUAAGUAAUUCUUAUGUAAAAAAUACCAUCUUAUCUGUAUGGUGGUGGUGGUUUAAUUGCUAAGUCAUGUCUGACUCUUGCAACCCCAUGGACUGUAGCCUGCCAGGCUCCUCUGUCCAUGGGAUUCUCCAGGCAAGAGUGCUGGAGUGGGUAGCCAUUCCCUUCUCCUCUUAUCUGUAUAUGUUUUCUAAAUAUAUCACAUUGGACCUAAUUUUGUGUUAAUUAAGGGGCUUUUGUGCUGCGUAUGCUAUAAACUGUGUAGUAGAAACUUUUAAAGCUUAACUAAGUUCAUCUUCAUGAUACUCAUUUGUACCUUUUGUAUAUGUUUACCUUACUGUGUGUGACAGUAGUAAACUUAACUGUUGUAAAAUGCUCUGUAAUCGUGGCUUUACCAUGUGAAGUUGCUUUUCUGGACAAGGCUCAUCCUCCUCUUUUUUCCACAGUAGAUGAGUAUGGAUUUUUACUGUGCUACAAAAACAGUUCAAGGCAGGAAGGCGGACUUGGACAGUCUGUUCUUGGACAGUGACGCAUCGGGGGAAGGAAGCAAGUUUCAGUUUAAAUUCUCAACUGGCAAUUGGCCGAAAACUCCCAUCUGAAGACGUGAGCAUCCAAAAGUCAUGUUGUGAUUUGGCUGCUGUCUGCUCGACAGAGGAAGGCCCUGCCGGGAGAGCUGUGGAAGAACUGACUGGCAAAAGAAAACCCACGGAAAAUCUUAAACUUCCACCAGCAGAAGAUUAAAAAGAGGUCCCUCCUGCACCGGGAAGGCUCUGCAGGUCUUUUCCGUGCUCUUGGAGGUGUGGGCUGUGAGCCCUGGUCACUUUGUGUCAUCCUCCUUGCUCUCUAAAGUUACAAAUUAUAAUACUGUGGUAGAAACAAACUCAGAUUCAGACGAUGAAGACAAACUCCACAUUGUGGAAGAAGAAAGCAUUACAGAUGCAGCCGACUGUGAAGGCGGCGUGCCAGACGAUGACCUGCCCUCAGACCAGACAGUGUUGCCCGGGAGCAGCGCGAGAGAAGGGAGCGCAAAGAGCUGCUGGGAGGACGAUGCAGGAAAGGAAGGACAAGAAAUCCUGGGGCCGGAAGCUCGGGCAGAUGAAGUGGGAUGUGCAGUAAAAGAUGAUGAAUGCGACUCAGAUGCAGAAAAUGAACAAAACCAUGAUCCUAACGUUGAAGAGUUCCUGCAACAACAAGACACUGCAGUCAUCUACCCCGAGGCACCCGAGGACGACCAGAGGCAGGGCACGCCGGAGGCCAGCGGGCAUGACGAAAACGGAACACCAGAUGCAUUUUCCCAGUUGCUCACCUGUCCGUAUUGUGACAGAGGAUAUAAACGCUUUACCUCUCUGAAAGAACACAUUAAGUAUCGCCACGAGAAGAAUGAAGACAACUUCAGCUGCUCCCUGUGCAGUUACACGUUUGCAUACAGAACCCAGCUCGAGCGCCACAUGACCUCCCACAAAUCAGGACGAGAGCAGAGACAUGUGACGCAGUCUGGGGGUAAUCGUAAAUUCAAGUGCACUGAAUGUGGAAAAGCUUUCAAAUACAAACACCAUCUAAAAGAGCACUUAAGAAUCCACAGUGGAGAGAAGCCAUAUGAAUGCCCAAACUGCAAGAAACGUUUUUCCCAUUCUGGUUCCUACAGCUCACACAUCAGCAGUAAGAAAUGUAUCAGCCUGAUGCCUGUGAACGGGCGGCCGAGAACAGGGCUCAAGACCUCGCAGUGCCCCUCACCCUCGCUCUCGGCCUCUCCAGGCAGCCCCACGCGGCCACAGAUGCGGCAGAAGACAGAGAACAAGCCCCUGCAAGAGCAACUUCCCGUAAACCAGAUCAAAACCGAACCUGUGGAUUAUGAGUUCAAACCCAUAGUGGUUGCUUCAGGAAUCAACUGCUCAGCCCCUCUACAGAACGGGGUUUUCAGUGGUGGUGGCCCCUUACAGGCAACCAGUUCUCCUCAGGGUGUGGUGCAGGCCGUCGUUCUGCCAACGGUGGGUUUGGUGUCCCCCAUCAGCAUCAAUUUAAGCGAUAUUCAGAAUGUACUUAAAGUGGCGGUAGAUGGUAAUGUCAUCAGGCAGGUUUUGGAGAAUAAUCAAGCCAGUCUUGCAUCCAAAGAACAAGAAACAAUCAAUGCUUCAUCCAUCCAGCAAGGCGGCCAUUCUGUUAUUUCAGCCAUCAGUCUUCCUCUGGUUGAUCAAGAUGGAACAACCAAAAUCAUCAUUAACUACAGUCUUGAACAACCUAGCCAACUUCAAGUUGUUCCUCAGAAUUUAAAAAAAGAAACCCCAGUCCCCACCAACAAUUGCAAAAGUGAAAAGUUACCGGAAGAUCUUACUGUCAAGUCUGAGAAGGACAAAAGCUUUGAAGGGGGAGGGAAUGACAGCACUUGCCUCCUGUGUGACGACUGUCCCGGGGACAUCAAUGCACUUCCGGAGCUGAAGCACUAUGACCUGAAGCAGCCCACCCAGCCCCCUCGGCCCCCCACCCCAGAAGCUGCCAAGCCCGAGGCCUCCGCUCCAUCGGGGUCCGGAGAUGGCAGUUUGUCUCCCAGUCAGCCACCUUUAAAGAACCUCUUGUCUCUUCUGAAAGCAUAUUAUGCUUUGAACGCACAGCCAAGUGCAGAAGAGCUCUCAAAAAUUGCCGAUUCCGUGAACCUACCACUGGAUGUAGUGAAAAAGUGGUUUGAAAAGAUGCAAGCGGGACAGAUCUCAGUGCAGUCUUCUGAACCAUCUUCCCCGGAACCAGGCAAAGCCAACACCCCUGCCAAGAGCGACGGUCAGCCUCAGGCUGCAGACGCAGAUGAAACCCAGGACAGCACAGGGAACCGCCAGAGCCCUCUGAAGAGAGCUAGCUCCCCUGUCUUACCAGGGGGCUCGGCCGUCAAUGGUUCCGGAAGCAGCGCCUCCUCCCCUUCUCCCCUGAACCUCUCUUCCUCCAGAAGCGCACAGGGUUACUCGUACCCGACAGAAGGGGCGCAGGAAGAGCCGCAGGUCGAACCUCUUGAUCUUUCACUACCAAAGCAGCAGGGCGAGUUAUUGGAAAGGCCAACUAUCACUAGUGUUUACCAGAACAGUGUUUAUUCUGUCCAGGAAGAACCCUUGAACUUGUCUUGUGCAAAAAAGGAGCCACAAAAGGACAGUUGUGUUACAGACUCAGAACCAGUUGUAAAUGUAAUCCCACCAAGUGCCAACCCCAUAAAUAUUGCUAUACCUACCGUCACUGCCCAGUUACCCACGAUCGUGGCCAUCGCUGACCAGAACAGCGUUCCGUGCUUGCGAGCACUGGCUGCCAACAAGCAGACCAUCCUGAUCCCCCAGGUCGCCUACACAUACUCGACUGCAGUCAGCCCAGCAGUCCAGGAAACACCCUUGAAGGUGAUCCAGCCCAAUGGAAAUCAGGAUGAAAGGCAAGACACUAGCUCAGAAGGAGUAUCCAACGUAGAGGAUCAGAACGACUCUGAUUCCACGCCCCCCAAAAAGAAAAUGCGGAAGACAGAAAACGGAAUGUAUGCUUGUGAUUUGUGUGAUAAGAUAUUCCAAAAGAGUAGCUCACUGUUGAGACAUAAAUACGAACACACAGGUAAAAGACCCCACGAGUGUGGCAUCUGCAAAAAGGCGUUUAAACACAAGCAUCACCUGAUCGAGCACAUGCGCCUGCACUCCGGGGAGAAGCCCUACCAGUGCGACAAGUGCGGGAAGCGCUUCUCCCACUCGGGCUCCUACUCCCAGCACAUGAACCACCGCUACUCCUACUGCAAGAGGGAGGCCGAGGAGCGGGAGCCCCCCGAGCCGGGGGCCGCAGGCCCAGGGGUCCCGCCCGAGCAGCACGCGGGGCAGGGCGACUCGGACGAGAGGGAGAGCUCGACGCGGGAGGAGGAUGAGGACAGCGAAAAGGAGGAGGAAGAGGAGGAGGAGGAGCGGGAGCUGGAGGAGCUGGAGGAGGAGAAGGGAAGUGGAGCGGCGCGAGGGGCGGAGGAGGUGGAAGAGGAGGUGGAGGACGGGGAGGAGGAGAUGGACGACGAGGAGGACGAGGAGGAGGAGGCGGAGGAGGAGGGGGAGAGAGCAGAAACAGAAGGUGUGGGGCAGGGGGCGGGGGCUGGAAGCCAAGCCCAUAGCUUAGAACACAAAGUCAGUGAGGGCAGCGAGCAGGUGUCUGAAGAGAAAACAAAUGAAGCCUAAUAGUUUUUCUAGAAAAGAAAGAAAAUUCUAAUUGGUAAUGAAGUUUUGUUCUAUAUUAUACAUGCUUUUCAUGGAAACACAGUAACCUGUAUACUGUGAUUUCUGUUCACUACUGUGUAAAGUAAAAAUUUAAAAAAACACAAAAUCAAAAAAAAAAAAAAACCACACAAAAAAAAUCCGGGUGUGCCUGAACCUCAGACCUAGUAAUUUUUCAUGCAUUUUUCAAAGUUAGGAACAAGUUUGUAACAUGAAGCAGAUUAGAAAACUUAAUGACUCAGAAAGCAGAGAUUUAACAGGUUAAAGAAAGCUGAUUGAUUAGAUGAGCACCUGACAUUGUUUCAUUUUAUCAGUAUUAAUUAGCACUCUUACGUUAGUUUAUUCUUAAGCUGUACAAUUGGGAGAAAUUUUAUAAUUUUUUAUUGGUAAACAUAUGCUAAAUCCGCUUCAGUAUUUUAUUAUGUUUUUUAAAAUGUGAGAACUUCUGCACUACAGAAUUCCCUUCACGGAGAAGUAUAAUGCAGUUCAAAACCGUGCUAACUACCUUUUCUAAAUUCAACCUAGAAGGUAGUCAUUUCUAAUAUUUAGAUGUCACAGUAGAGCGUAUUCUCAUUUAAAGUGUAUUGUUAGCCUUAAGAAAGCAGCCGCUAGAAGAGCUGAAGUUUCUUACUCAUGUGGUUUAAAAUGGAGUUGACGAGAUUGCCGUUGAGUUCUGAUUGCAGGGACUAACAGUGUUGAUACUGGUGAGACAGCAGAGACGUCAGAAUCAGUGUUCGUAAUUGUGUUUGCGUACGUGGUACACAAAUAUGAAGGAUGUGAUAUGAAGCUUUGUAUCUCCUCUGGCCUUAAGCAAGACCUGUGUGCUGUAAGUGCCAUUUAUCAGUAUUUUCAAGGCUCUGACCAGCCUCCGUUCAUGCGUGGCCUACAAUAACUAGCAUUUGUUGAUUUGUUUCUUGUAUCAAAAUUCCAAAAUAAAAACCACUGACUCUGUCAGAGAAGCCAAACACUGGGACAUUUCACCCUUUAAUUCCUCAGUAUUCAUUUUGCGUUAAUUGACUUUCAAAAUUUCUCUACUGAAACGAAAGGGAAAUUUUCUAAUCUGCUUUAUCCAUGUACUUGCAUUUCAAACAUGGACCUGCCAUUGUUAUUUGGCUCAUAACUGUUUCCAAAUGUUAGUUAUUAUGGACCCAGUUUAUUAACAACAUUAGCUGAUUUUUACCUAUCAGUAUUAUUUUAUUUCUUUUAGUUUAUAGAUCUGUGCAACAUUUUUGUACUGUAUGUCUUCAAACUUGGCAGUAUUAAUACCCUUCUUACUGACAUAUGUACUUUUAGUUUUAGAAAACUUUUAUAUUUAUGUGUCUUAUUUUUAUAUUUCUUUAUUUAUUACACAGUGUAGUGUAUAAUACUGUAGUUUGUAUUAAUACAAUAAUAUAUUUUAGUAUGAAAAUUUGGAAAGUUGAUAAGAUUUAAAGUAGAGAUGCAAUUGGUUCUCUUGCAUUGAGAUUUGAUUUAACAGUGUUAUGUUAACAUUUAUACUUGCCUUGGACUGUAGAACAGAAUUUAAAUGGGAAUGUAUUAGUUUUACAACUGCAAUCAAGUCAUUUUACCUUUACCCAGUUUUUAAUAUAAAACUCUUAAAUUUUGAAAUUCACUGUGUGACUAAUAGCAUGAUGCUCUGCGGUUUUAUUAAGAGAUUAGUCUAACCAUAAAACUCUCAUUUCCUUAGGAAGCCAAAUUAGGAUAACCUCAUGUAAACAGUGUUGGGAACAACGUUUAACAUUUUGUGCCAAUUUGUUCCUGUAUUCAUGUAUGUAAGUUACAAAUCUGACUCUCCAUUUUUAAGUUCCUUGUUACACCAUGGUCAUUUUCUAGUUUUUUACCAGACUCCCCAUCUCACAAUAAAAUGCAUCAACAAGCCUGA